AUGCACCACGUAAAAUUGAUUUACAUUUUUUUUAUUUAUCUGGAGCAUUUUCCAAUUUCUUCAGGAGAAUAUCUUAUAUGGAAAAAAGAUCAUGGAAAUUUUAUUCCUCUCAAUGUUUCUGGAUACAGUGAUGUUGCUGUUAAAAAAAAGUCAAGAAAAGAUUUAGAGCAACGGAGUAAAUUAUUUGAAAAUCAUCAAUUUCAAGGAGAGUUAAUAAAAUUUGCUUAUUUUCAAGAAAGUUUUUUAAUUGAUUUUUAUGAUCAUGAUAAAAAGGUUUCGGGAGUGUGUGGAGAAAUAUGGAAUUUAUUAGCAGAAUAUCUCAAUUUUACAUUAUUGCCUGUAAGAAUUGACGAUGAGGUUUUUGGUCAUACCUUGGAAAAUGGAAGUCUCACUGGUCUCCUCGGUUUAAUGCAGAGACGUGAAGUACAUGUAAUACCACGAGUGAAUUUUUUUAGAGCUUAUUUGCAUGUUAUGGAUUACACAAUACCAAUGUGGAAAAAUAAUUUUCAGUUAUAUAAUCGUCCAGAAUAUAAAUCUAACGAUUCAUGGGUUUUUAAGCUUUUCUCGUAUAAAACAUGGAUCGUAGUAGGCGUGAUAACAAUUAUUAUCAGCAUACUAGGAACAAUUGCUGGAAAAAUAUCCCGUCGAUUGAUGAAUCAAAAGCAUUAUUGGACUUUUCAAGAUUAUUUGUUCUACACUUUUGCAGCACUUUGUUCCCAAGGCUGGUUACCCAAAGAUCUAGAAGAAGAGUGUAAGAUCUUAGAACUAUCAAAAAGAAUUUUUUCUUGGUUUCUUCUUAUUACAGUGAGCUCUCAUUUAGUAUCCUAUAUGACUAAUUUUAAAAUGGAUCCACCUUUUAAGAAUUUACAUUCACUUCUGAAUAGUACUAAUUACAAUGUUCUGAUCUAUAAUGGAUCAUUGGCUUAUGGAUAUGUUAAGAUGGAAAUAAAACGAUAUCCAAAAUAUCGUGAUCGCUUCAUUUACAUAGAAUCAAGCCGCAAAAUGAGAGAGAAAGUAUGUUGGAGCAAAAAAAAAUAUGCAAUGAUUGGGUCUGAGGAUAAACAACAAGCGUCAAGAUAUGCCUGUAACCUUAUCCCAACUGGAUCACCUUUGUUUGGAACGUGGACAACGAGUGGUGUUGUCAAGGGGUUUAAAUAUAAACGAGCUUUUGAUAUUGGAUUAAUUCGGUUAUCUGAGACUGGUUUAGUCGAUGGAUUAAAAGAACGUUGGCUCCAAGUUCGGACUUAUAAUCAAUUGCAGGAACAAAUCGUACAAAAAAUUCAUUUAUAUCAUGUGUACAUGAUAUUUCUAUUUUUAUUUGUAGGAGUUAUUCUCUCUGCCAUUAUUUGUAUUUUUGAACGAAUUUUAUACCCGUGGAAUCAACAUUACACUCAACAAAAAAAAUUAAUUAAAUUCCAACGUCACCUAAAAUCAAGAAGUUUUUUAGUAACACAUAAAAAAUUUAGACCUAUG